UCCUAGAGAUUCUUGGAAAUGGCAACUUCACCUCCUUCUCAGCUGUCUGUUGGUUAUUUGGUCGAUAUCUUUAUGAUAAGUUACAGUAUCCUAUUGGUUUGGUGGAAUCAUGUUGGGCAGGAACUCCCAUUGAGGCUUGGUCUUCCAAACGAGUCCUGCACAAAUGUGGAAUUUCUUUCAGUAUUGGCAGUCAAAUAUUUGAAAAAAAUGGUCCCCAUCAAUAUACUGUUUUGUGGAAUGCAAUGAUAUACCCUCUACGUAAAAUGGCAAUCACAGGAACCAUCUGGUAUCAAGGAGAAGCAAACACGGUCUUGCACAAUGCACAGUAUAACUGCACCUUCCCAGCAAUGAUAGAGGAUUGGAGGCAGAUUUUCCAUCAAGGCUCUGGCGGAGCCACAGAAGCAGACUUCCCUUUUGGAUUUGUCCAGCUGUCCACCGACCACCAUGCUGUCCCAGAUGAUUCUUUCCCAUGGAUACGUUGGCAUCAAACUGCUGAUUUUGGUUAUGCUCCAAACCCAAAGAUGAAGAGAACUUUCAUGGCAGUUGCAAUGGACCUGGGUGAUGAGAAAUCACCUUAUGGCAUCAUUCAUCCUCGAGAUAAACAAGAUGUUGCGUAUAGAUUGUAUCUUGGUGCUCGAGCAGUGGCUUACGGAGAGACGGCAGUCGUUUUCCAGGGCCCGUUUCCUAAGGAAGUUCAGCUCAAGAACAGCAGAGAAUUGACCAUCACCUACACAGAGGAGUUGACAGUGCUGGAGCUCAGACAUGAUCUAUUUGAGGUUUGUUGCUGCACAACAUGGGAUUUGUCCAACUGUAAGUGGCUCUCUGUCCCCAUUGUCGACCACUCCAUCAACACAAUAUCUUUAUCUCUAAGCCAGUGUCACCAGAAGGUGACUGGUAUUCGUUAUGCUUGGAUGGAGUGGCCAUGUGACUUGAAGAAGUGUCCCUUGUAUGGCAAAGACUAUAACUUACCUGCCCCAACAUUCAUGCUACCAUCAGCCCACAAUGGAGUAUUCUGAAUGUUACCAAUCAAAUUGUUGCUAUAAAGUAAAUGAUAGGGACAUUUACACUGGUUAAAAUAUUACCAGCUUUAGUGCCAGUCCAGAACUCUUUUCAUUGGGGUGAUGUAAGUCUGAUGUUUCAUGCACAGAGUUUGGAAGACCUGUGGAAGUUAUGAAUCCAAUGUGAUCCUGCUAGACUUUUUAAUAAUAAUAUAUUUUCUACUUUAUCUUUUUCUAAUAUGUGAAAUAAAUUAAUCUCAGGCGUGUACACAUGCUGAAAAUAUAGCAUUAACUUUACUACAUGAUGUGAAUACUUUAAAUUAAAUAAUAAAUUUGUACAGGCAGUAAUUGGGUUGGGAUCUAACAAUAUUGGGGCAAUGAUAAAUCUAUCAAAAGCAUGUACUGUUAGUAGUUUAAUUAAAAAUUGAUGUGAAACACUUACAGAAAAUAAAUUACAAUCUGGACUGUGA